AUGAAGAUCUGCAGAGAGUGGAGACGCGAGGUGGACGAGCAGUGCCGCGAAAAGAACGUGGAGAGGGAGGAGCUGGAGGCAGUCGAAGAAACCUCCGGAUGUCCACGAGAGAAAAAGCGAAGAGAAGCUGCCGAGAAGGAGAUUAGCGGGAUCGGAAGUCACGGGGGAAUCCAGCAGAGAAAGACUAAACGCGCGACGAGAAGAGAACAGCGGAGAGAACAGCUCUCCAAACGGAUUCCGGCCCUGGCUGGCCCUUCGAUGCAGUGGCCGAGAAAAGGCGUUUUCCAGGAAAACAGAAAAAGCGACACAACUCGCGAGAAGAAACGAGACUCCCGCAUGCAGCGUCUUUAUAGGGAAAAAUAGAGAGGCGGCGCGACACAGCGUGUCAAGAGGAGAAAACAGGCGACGACAACGGAGACUCCAGUCUCGCGGUCGUCGGGAGACAAGCGACUGUGCGCGACAAAAUGUCACACUCUCUCACGGCAACGUGCAACCAACAACCUCCUCGGGGUCCGAAGCACUGAGUUUCAUUACAUGAAUCUGAUUCACCUACGUCGAACAGAACUUUUUUUCUCGAUUCAAGGCUCUCUACGGACGUCGAAGCAGAGCGAAAGAGAGUCCGCGGCUGUGGUCCCUGGAAAGAGGUAAUCGCGUUAGUUCUGGAAAA